AUGGGUCAAGGCGAACAGCCGGUAGUUCACCCUUUCUUCCGGAAAGAUCUCGCAGUUUCGUCCCAACCUACGCCGUCACUCGACAAUGCCUCUAUAGCCUCGGCCGCAACUAGCAAACUGCCCCCGGACGUUUCUUCGCCCGCAAUGACAACCUCCACCCCCAACCGUACCUCUCAGAUGCCAUUGCACUACUCUUUAGGCUUACCACAGACUCGCCUUUCGAAUACAUCAAGCCCAGAUGAAGACCCGAAUGCUGGCAGACGCAAGAGGCGGAAGACUGAGCGGAGCAAGCAAUCCGAACAUGACCAACCUCUACAAGCAGGCCUAUCUGGCUGGCUCGGAGUGGAAGCCCCCGCUUCCAUAGCUCCCAAAUCAUCGGAAAUAAAUGUGGAGUCUAGUACAUCGUCCAUGCCACCUCCAUCAACCUCAGUGGAACCUCAGCCUGGCAUUACGACUAUUGAGAAAGAACCCGUAUCUAAAGACACUACACCUCUGCAGGAUGCCCCAACCAGGCCACAGAAAAUUGUCAAGUUGAACACCAAUGGCCGGUUACUCAGUUCGCCUCCUCUCAGCCCUCCUGGGACUUCUACGCUGAAGCGAGCAAGUCGCAAACGGGGCCAGACUCGCAAGGCAGAAAGCAAGAUGGUGGUCAUUAAAUAUGCACUCGCGAAAAAGGCGGAUUUUGGGAAAACCAUAGAUGACAUACUCAGCGGGCGUGUGAAACAUAAUGCCCCCUCUCUGUCUCCUGCUGUCCCCCUACGCCGUCCUGUACAACCGAAAAUCAACGACAACAAACCGACUCAUCCAUUUUUCGUGAAGAAAGCGACCUCAAAACAACCGCCCGUUGGAAGCUGUGACCCCCAGUGCACCCCAAAAAGCCUAGACAUCAAGGCAAACUCGGAAUGCGAGCAGUCAAGAACCAUCGAGAAGCCACUAAGAGCGCUAUCAUCUGGAUUUGCGCGUCAAAAAAACAAGUUCCCCGAGUUGGUCCAUCCUGUAUGGCCACCUCGGGAUUUCGUCCACGUCACAGAUCUUGGCCCGUCUCAACUCGCUCAGGCGUCAAUGGGGAACCUCGAGAAUGACCACAAAAAGUCGAAAUCGCCAACUGUAGUGGUGCCGGAUAACGAAAAUACCCUUCUUACCAGCACUGCAUGGGCCCGGAAAGCCGCUAGCCUUGAGCUCCAAUCUCUUGAUAACUACAAACCAGCUCUACGCCUCCCAGGGCGCCAUGUCGCCAGUGGCCGUGUGCUGCAGGCUGCUCUCGAUAGCCAAAUGUCUUGGUCGCUGCCUGGCCAACGCUCGUCUUGCGCUUCGUCUUUACCAGUGAUCAAGAGACUUCACUCCUCUUUGCUUACAUCCGUUUCCGCCUUCGAUUGUGGAAAAUAUGAAUCGCGACUCUGGGCUCACAAGUACAGCCCGACAAAGGCGGAAGAUGUCCUUCAAGUUGGUCGGGAGGCUCGAAUGCUUCGCGACUGGCUUCGUCACUUGAAAGUCAGCGCAGUCGAUAGCGGCAAACAACCUAAAGAUGGCGCCAAAUCGAAGGCUAAACGCGAUAGAAGGCGAAAGAAGCGCAAGGUUGACGUCGAGCUCGAUGGGUUCAUUGUCACAAGUGGAGAAGAAGCAUCAGAAAUGGAUGCUCUUUCGGGCUCAGAUGAUGAGCUGGCGGGCGAUGUUACUGUGUCAGCGCCAAAGACUCUCAUUCGAUCCGGAGACCUUGCCUUUCCGGGCCAGCAUGGAGGCGAGAAAGGCCGACUGACCAAUGCGAUCCUCAUCAGUGGCCCGCCAGGCUGCGGAAAAACAGCGUCAGUGUAUGCGGUUGCCAAGGAGCUGGAUUUUGAAGUCUUUGAACUCAAUCCUGGCAGCCGCCGAAGUGCCAGAGACAUGCUCGAGAAGGUCGGCGACAUGACACAAAACCAUCUUGUUCACCUUCUGAAUGAAAAGGACGAUUCCGCGUCCAAGCUCGAUCAAGUCGCAGAUGUUCAUGCCAAGCAAAAUAAACUGAUGAGCUUCUUCAAAGGUCAGCCAUCUAAAUAUAAAAAUUCAAAACCCGCCAACGGUGCCAAAGCAAAUUCGAGCCCUACCCCUGAGACUGAGUGCAAACACAGCCGUGAGCAGAAACAGUCAUUGAUUCUGCUGGAAGAGGCCGACCUUCUUUUUGAAGAAGAUCGACAAUUUUGGACUGGAGUUCUGACCCUCAUUAGCCAGUCUAAACGGCCUAUAAUCAUUACUUGCAACGAUGAAAGUGUGGUUCCAGUUCAAGACAUGUCUCUACACGCCAUCUUGCGAUAUCAACGUCCCCCACUCAAUCUUGCACUUGACUAUUUGCUCUUGGUCGCCGCCCACGAAGGACACGCGUUGAAGAGAGAUGCUGUCGACAAACUUUAUAACGCAUCUGGCAUGGACAUGCGUAGAUCGCUGAUGGAUUUGAACUUCUGGUGCCAGAUGGCUGUUGGGAGUGAAAAGGGAGGCUUGGAUUGGAUUCUUCCUAUGUGGCCGCCUGGGGCUAAUGUUGAUCAAAAUGGAGAACGGGUACGGGUUCUCAGUUUGAACACCUAUCAGUCCUACAUGGGAUGGUUUAAUCGUGAUACAUUCGGGGUCGAUGAUUCCCUGGUGAGAGAAGCACAGGCUCUGGAAAACACUUUCCAGUGGUGGCAGCUCAGCAUCCAGGACGCUGAAGAUGCAGCUGGUGCGAGUACCAUGGAGCAAUUACCUCCUCAACAACACCGAUCAAUGACUAAGCUCGAACAACUGGAUUUGUUGAGCCGCGAAACUGACUACUUGGAGAUGAGGAGCUCUCUCGACAUUCUUUGCUCACGUUGUCCAAUGGGCAUGUUCGAGGACGUCCUUGAUACCUCUGCUCCUCCUAUCUCAGAAUCCCAUCGGACUAACUACACCGAUGCUCACCUACUUUUGCAGGCUGACUUGCUUCCUGAACACCCCUCGCUAAGCGAGUCAAUCAGCACGACAUUCGGUUCAUUAAUCUCUCGAGUCUUCCGUCCGAAGGCCGAGGAUAUCGAAUCUGCCGGUGCUAGCAGAAUCUUCAAUGGUUGGGCUCAGUCUGCGGCCCGACAAAGCGUCUCACCGUCGACAGCCAAAGGCUUCCGAAAGGUCUUUGAACCUAUCAUACGAGCGAAUUAUUCCACACCUCUAGCAGUCGGCCGAGCUGCCCCGUCUUUCGAAAAUGGCCUCGCCCCCAUUACUGAGGACAUUGCUCCCUACGUGCGCGCGAUCCUGGUCUUCGAUGGGCGCCUGAAAGAAUAUAGAGACAACCUAUUUGCGGCCUGGUCACAAGGACAGGGAGGCACUGGAGACAAACGAAUGCGGAAAACCCGUGCCAGUCGGGCAGCCCUGGAAGGAGGCAACAAGGCUUCGACUCGCAAGGAAAGGUGGUUUCCAGAUGAUACGAAUUACUACGGGAUCCAAGGCACUGGACGACCCGAGUGGCAGCAGAUCUUGUUUGAUAUGGGCUAUUUCCACGUCCAGCCUGUAGCUGAGUCGGCUGAAGGGAGCAGUGAAUCUCCCUCCGGCGACCAAACUUGA